GGGCGGAGAUUCCUGACGCCGCAGAGAGUGACGUCACUCCCGGCAGCUCGCGUGCGAUUAAGCUAAAAUGUGUAAUUAAACGACGGGACGCUCGGAUGCUGUCGGAUUUAUUUUAUAUUGUUUUAUUUUAUCUUCACGGCAUUCAGAAGCGCUCGUCCGCGUCGCAUCGUCGAAUGAUGGUUCGGUGUGCUGGUUUCCUUUGCUGGAAAGUCUUCCGAGGGUGAAGAUUGGUCCCGUUAUGACAAACUGCUGUGCAGAAGAUGUCCACGCUCUCUCCGACUGAUAUCACUGAUGUUGGUCAUGAUGUAAAUAAAGUGUUUGGCAUAGCUCCAGAUCAGUCCAGCACAGAGGAUGCAUCCCACUCUUCUGUGGCGGUAGCAGACGGUCACGAUGGCUCGCUGCCCCUCCCUGACCCCAUCGAUUUCCCCCCCUUGCCAAACGGCACAGCACCGGCUCCUCAGGCCCAGCUGGAUGACUCCAGGGACCCAGAUCUGACCCCUUCCAUCUCUGCAGAAUCUGGCAGUGCCAAAUUGGACCCUGCUGUAAACACGCUGGCUGUUGAACAAGAGAACCUGCCAGUCAAGCGGAAGAAGGGCCCAGCCCCCAAGAUGCUGGGCAAUGAGGUGUGCAGCGUGUGUGGGGACAAGGCCUCGGGCUUCCACUACAACGUGCUGAGCUGCGAGGGCUGCAAGGGCUUCUUCCGCCGCAGCGUCAUCAAGGGCGCCCAGUACACCUGCAAGAACAGCGGCAAAUGCGAGAUGGACAUGUACAUGCGGCGCAAGUGUCAGCAGUGCCGGCUGCGCAAGUGCCGGGAGGCGGGCAUGUUGGAGCAGUGUGUCCUUUCCGAAGAGCAAAUCCGGCUGAAGAAGCUGAAGAAGCAGCAGGAAGAGGAGUCUGCGCGCACGUCCGCUGUGCCGCCCGAGCCGGCGCCGAGGCCCGAGGUGGCCCAGCUGGCUCCAGACCAGCUGGAGAUGAUUGAGAAGCUGGUGGCCAUGCAGAAACAGUGCAACAAGAGAUCGUUCCUCGACCGGCCCAAAGUCACGCCGUGGCCCCAGAGCCAGGACCUGCAGAACCGUGAGGUGAGGCAGCAACGGUUUGCCCAUUUCACCGAGCUGGCCAUCAUGUCAGUGCAGGAGAUCGUGGACUUUGCCAAGCAGCUUCCGGGUUUCCUGGAGCUCACCAGAGAGGACCAGAUUGCCCUCCUUAAGACAUCCACCAUCGAGAUCAUGCUGCUGGAGUCGUCACGGCGAUAUGACCCUACCAUAGAAAGUAUCACUUUUCUGAAGGACUUUAGUUAUAAUAAGGAGGAUUUUGCAAAAGCGGGGCUUCAGUUUGAAUUCAUCAACCCCAUCUUCGAGUUCUCCAAGGGCAUGAAUGACCUGCACCUGGAUGAAGCGGAGUAUGCCCUGCUCAUCGCCAUCAACAUCUUCUCAGCAGAUCGACCUAAUGUACAAGACCACGAUUUAGUGGAAAGACUGCAGCAGCCAUAUGUAGAUGCACUUCACUCUUAUAUCAGAAUAAAGAGACCAAACGACCAGCUGAUGUUUCCUCGCAUGCUGAUGAAGCUGGUGAGCCUCCGCACCCUGAGCAGCGUCCACUCUGAGCAGGUCUUUGCACUACGCCUCCAGGACAAGAAGCUCCCACCGCUGCUGUCCGAGAUCUGGGACGUCCACGAGUGACCCCAUGGCCUUCGCUCCUCUUAAUCCAUAAUCCCAUUCCCCAGUACCCCAUCAGCAGUUGCCCUUUUGUGACUCUGCACGCGGGGCAUUGAUGCAGGAACUUCGGGUUUACCUGCUGCUGGGCUGUCUGCUUAGAAGUAACACGUAAAAAAGAAAGAAAGAAAAAAAAAAACUCUCAGCAUGUUGUCUACCUGAUUUGUAAAAGGUGAGGGGUGGUUUGGUACCUCCCCGGGAAUUUGACAUUGCGAAUCGUGCACGUGUUCUCACAUGCUUCCUUUUACCAGAGGUGGAUUUUUCUUUCUGCAAGCUUGGAGAGGUGAUUUUACUUUUUUGAUUUCAUUUCCGACAUGUUAAUGGUCAAAUUCUGAGUCAGGGCAGAGCUUUGAGCAGAGUGAAGACGGUUGUGCCUGGUUUCUGGUGAUUUCAUAGUACACAAUACCGAAUCUCAAAAAUUUGAAACUCAGUUUUCAGUCUCAAAUUUGAAAGGUGUCAAGCAAGCUCUCAUAGGCAUUUUGUGGUAGUAAUCCAGAUUAAUUUGCUGAUGCCUGGGUUUGUCUAACCAGCUGUACUAUUUUAUAUGACUACGCCGUAUGUGAAACUAAACUGUUCAGUUUAUGUUUUACCGAUACAAGCGCAGGAUAAUUACUGAAGGGUGUCAGUCAGCAUUUAACACACACCAACAUUCAAUGCAAAAACACUAAAACUGAUGUCAGAGUCUUCAGCAAGUUGCCAUAUUUUUAUUCCUGCUCAUAUUUAAUUUAAAUGUCUAAACAUUUGGCUAAAACAUGGAGAUUAAUAAAAAUAUAAGCAAUCCACAGUACUGAUGAACUAAUAUUACGAGAUUCAGCAUUUUAUUUAUAUAUAUAAAAUUGUUUAGUGGCCCCUCUGAGGAUGUUUGCCCUGUGCUGCGUAGAGCUUCUAUGACAAUUACCAUGACCUAGAUAACUAUGCCCCCCCCCCCCCCCCCCCCAAAAAAAAGAAAUAUAUAUUCUUCUCACACCGUUCGUUUUAGAAUCGGUGGGUUUUUCCUGUUGCCCUGGCUUGUCCUGUACUCCAAUAGUGUCAUUUCUAAAACUCCCUUAGCCAAUAUGCAUUAAUUCUAUACGAGAAAAUGCAUACUGGACAUUUUUGACCCUUCCUGUUUUCUUGUCUAAGGUUAUUCCGAACAGUCACAACCAGGAAGUGGACUCCUCAAAGAAGGAAAAUUUGUAGUAGUGACUAUUAUAGAAGUAACAGUUAUAAAAUUAUAAAUCAUUUAUGUAGUUACAAGUAAAGAAAGUGAAUAUAAAUGCUUGUUAACUUUUAAUUAUAUUUGGUCAUGUGUAAUACCAUUCAUUAUAGAAAACUAGCAAGGAUAACAUGGCAAACGCUUCAAGGCAUAAAUACCUACAUCUGUUAUCCACUGUGAUGACCAGUCUCAUCAACUGUUACCUCUUAAUCACAUCGCUGUUUUGGACACAUCUGGGAAGGAUUCUUACUUUGUUUAGAGUCACUAAAACCAAACUUUUCUGCUUUUGUUCCCUAACAUAUGCCCUGGUAGGCGCUAGCUGUUUGGUGAACUAGUCUUCAUUCAGAACCUAAUUAUAGAUCUCAGUUGUAUGAUGAUGAUUUUAUAAAAGUAGACCAAACGUUGCAAUGUCGAAUAUUCCCUUCGUUUACCUGUUUUAUUCUAACUCUUCUAAUUGCUUUUCUUGGUUUAGGAAAAAAAAGUAAUUCUUUGUAGCCUUUAUGUACUUUUAUACACAUUUCUGUUUACCAGUUCUAGGAAAAAUAUAUUAGAAUCUGUAUGAUGCAAGUAAAAUAUUUAUAUAUUUAUCCCAACAGAUUGUGUAAAUUAGUAUAUCUUGUCAUUCAUCUUCUACAGAUCUUCUAAUUUACCAAAGCCCUGCGUUUUGCAUUUACCAAAUUACGUUCACACCUGUAAGUGAAAGAUAUUUCACCUUUUAUAUGGGAUGUUCUGAUGAAAAAUCUAAAAAUUUUAAUAUCUCAGCGCCUUAAUUUUGUCCUGCUCAAUGUACAAAAUAAAUUUUGGAGAAGAACAAAUGGUGAAAUAUAGCUUAUCGAAUAUACACUCUUGUACUUAAAAUUUCCGCAAUUUAAAACUAAGAUAUUAAGCCAUUUACAAGUGUUUUUUUCCAUUCCAAUCUGCUUUUGAGGAAGUAAAUAAUUAUUAGAUUCAUAAAUAAAAUGUUGAAUUUUA